AUGGAAGUUGGUCGCGACGCGGUUGACGUUCCCUUUGACGAGCCUCCGCAAAAGUCGCGCCGAAUCGGGCCAAAAGAUUCACUUCAUCACUCGUCACCACAAUCACAGACAAUUACUCUCAUCACUCUCAACACAGUUCACAAGCAAUCGCAAACAUGUUCGGCGCACCACCACAACCCACACCCGAAGAGCUCGCGCAGCAAGAAGCGGCUGCCAGACAAACCAUCUUCGGCAUGGUCAGCAUGUGUGUUGUGCUAUACUUCUCACCGUUCGCAGUUGACGCCGUCAAGAACCUCAUCUAGACUGGACGAAUAAGAGCAUCGAGGGAGAAAGGCCAUGAAGGGAUGUAUCAUACUGUACAGUGUCGAAACAAAGAGAUAAAGCAGGGACUGGACAAGUCACGCAAAUGGAUCUGCGAUGACCAUAACUCCGCGAUCCUGCGAAUAGAAAGCUGUGUACGAUAUGCCAAUGUGCAUGGAAAGGACAACAAACGACGAGCGCAGAGGCUGGCCAAUUAUUGUAUAGCGAGACUGUACAUAUAGGCACAUCGGAACGAUACGGACUCUGUCGCAGGCUGCUAAAUGGCAGCUGAGCCCACCACCGUGGCACAAUCAGACACGCUCUAGAACGUAUCGUCAUCUAUCUGCCACCCUUGCUUAACCACACUCGGACUAGGCACUUCAAACUCCAAAGAGUCGUCCUCAAUGUCAUCCGUCGCAUCAGCUCCCGCAGUCAACAGCAGAUCGUCCACAAUCUUCUUGCUCGCCUCCCUUGCAGGCGUCUGCACGAGUCUGCUCUGGGGGACAUGAAAUUGCAUCGUCUUCGGCGGACUGAUAUCGGCAAAGAAGUCUUCAUCCUCGUCACUGUCCUCGAACAUAUGACUUGCACGCGUGCGGUCUUUGCUCGCUGCGUAUGCUUUGUCUUGUGCGGAGAAGAGCUGUUUCCCUGUAGAUGUUGUGGGUGGUGGAGGACCUGUCUUUCGAGUUGCCGGAGUGAGCACAGAUACGCCGGGGGUUCGUGGUGCUGGUUUGGCGGGCGAGAAAAGCUCGCUUCGUAGUUGAGGCGCAGACGUUUCGGGCGAGGACUGAGGUGAGUCGUCCCAGAGCUGUUUCUUGGUAGCCGUAGCCGGAGCUGGAGCAGGCUUUGAAGCGGCUUGAGACUGAUGUUGUCGACGCUGGGUCAUGGGUGUCGCCUGGAUGCGGUAAUUCUUGUCCAGCACGCGGUGCAUGAGAGGGUCGUGGUUCUCCUGCUGUGUCCGGAAGGCAGAUGGUGGUUCGAAAGCAGAUUGAGGCUGGAAAGGAGAGGAGUCCAUAUCGUUCGCGGUAGACAUGCGCGGCGUGCUGGGCUGGUCGGUGCCUGGCGUAUUGCCGCCUCGCGGGUUCCUACCAGUGUACUUUCGCGGAGAUGGUGACCUGUAUGAAGAUGCUGGCCUGCUUCCUUGUCUUGUCUUGCCGCCCGACUUUGACGCAGAAGUUGGCAGUUUGGGUGUUGUCUGCACGCCCGUCAUUUGUGUUGGCGAUUCUGUGCUGAACUCCUCCUCGUCAUCUUGCGCGCUCGCUCCGGUUAUAGUGCUCUCAUCGUGAUCUGUCGACGUUUGGAAGGACUGUGUAGCGUCGGUCUGCGUGUUGUCCUCGUUGGCAUUCUCUUCGUAUCCCGACAGCGAGACGUUGGCCGAGGCCUCGAAGAAUUGUUUCCAGAACUUGCUGUAAUCAGCCGACGAACUGGCAUUGUGCCUGAUAGCGUACCUUGGAGCCCUCCCAGACAUCAUUGCUGUGUUUCGCAUAGUCCUCAACGAUUGGCAGGAUACUGCUGGUGACGAUGCGGUGGGCUUUGCUGAAGUUGCUGUCGAUUUCUUGCAAAGUCAGGGUGAUUUGCUGUUCUAGCUUCUCAAGCUCUUCUGUAAGUGUCAAGCCUCGUGGCGGCUGAGUGAGGAUUGGUCGAGACAUGGUGGCUGGUAUGUGGUUUCCACAGAGCUGGAAGACGCGUGC